CUAUUCUUUCUUCUUGCUAUCUCUCUCUCUUUCUCUCUCUGAGGUAGCACAAGCCAAUAACUAUGAAGGCAAAGUUUCUGAGAGAGUACCUUAACAAGUGUAAGAAACUGGUGGUGAGAGGAGCUACCAAUCCUUCUUGUUCUUCCUAUGAAUACUUCUGUGAAUGGUUUUUGUGGCCUUCCAUGCACAAAAGAUGCUCCAUUCCAAGUGAUGUUCCAAAGGGACACUUGGUUGUGUAUGUAGGAGAGAAUCGCAAGAGAUAUGUGAUCAAGGUUACACUCCUCAACCAUCCACUCUUCAAGGCCUUGCUUGAUCAAGCUCAGGAAGAAUACGAUUUCGUCGCGGAUUCAAAACUAUGUAUUCCUUGUGAUGACCACUUCUUCCUAAGUGUCCUUCAAUGUGCGAGCUCGCCGAAGAAGGAAACGGUGUUUGCUCGGCUCUGAGAAACCAUCAUGCUGUUUGAUCAAUUGUUACUUCUAACGAGUAUGCUCAUAUGUUAGCCAUGACUGAUAUCUUGUAAGUAUGAUUAUUGAGGCUAAAGUGUCAUGUAGCUGAUAGAUGUAAAUCAAAUUGAGGAACUGAGAUGAUCCUAUUCUAUUUCUCUAUCAUUUUGAUUAUUUCAA